AUGCCUCCCAAGAAACACGGUUCGGGGAGAAAGCCUCGAAAACGUCGCCAGUCGAGUUUCUCGAGUGCACCAACCGGAGGCACGUUAAGGGAACCGCCUCCAGAGGUCAGUUCCGGCCUGUUGAGCGAAUCAAACCUCCACUUACUGAGUCAUUAUUCGUUUCAAGUUGGGUCAAUUGCUUCUGAGACACCUUACGAAGGUGGUGACCGGCUCUUUGGCGGCGACGUGAAACCGCAAACGGUUCAACAAGCGGAAAAUGUUCUUCUCCAACACGGCCCGCUUGCCUAUUUCAGCAAGCAUACCUCCAUUUGCUACGUGUUGGACAAAGACUUGUUGGACGUCGAUCUUGAUCAGCCAUCGUUCAAAUACAUCCCGCCUUCACGUAAACACCCGCCGUACCUGUACAGUUUGACGAAAAAUGCCAAUAUCAUACAGGCUCAGGGUUCGGGGAUUAUCAAUUUCACCGACAACAAGGGAAGUGUCAUUCCUGUGCUGGCAUGGUACGUUCCUAAGGCGACCACCUCCAAGAGCCACCCGGUAAUGGUGGGCCUACCAGCAUUGCUUUCGGCAGGUUACCAGUUCACUUCGUACAGCAUAUGCCACUACCAAUUUAGCCACUCCAAACAUGGCUCGGUGUGGGUGUUCCGUAUCCAAGGCCAAUUUCUCUUGACAAUCAAGGCUCCGGUCGACAUUGACGUAUUCGGUGCCGAGUGGUGUCGGCUUACUGACGUUAAGGUACGCCGUAUUAACCAAGAAAUGCCGACCGACGCAGAUUACGCUGACAAUGCGGACCCCCAAAGAAAUCUCGUCAUGAUGAACAAGUGUUUGCACUCUUUAUUCGCUCAUGCUGAUCAAACUCAAAUUAUCGCUACCUUCAAGGGCUUCUUAUGUGCUGAGAUCAAGACGAAGGACAUCACCCCCGUUGAUUGUGGCGAGUGUCGUGAAUAUGCUACCGAACCUCGACUUUCGGGCGGCAUCCCAUCCUCUCGGGGGUUUGUGUUGACUUUCUUUGUCGAAGUUUUCAACUCCCCCAAGUUCCCUCCUACAACGUCGGAGAUAAAAAAGACUGAGCCACUGGAACUUGAAAUGACUAUCUGCUUUGAGGAAGUUGGCAGUGGGUUUCUUUACUUGCGGAAUGUCGAUCAAAAAUACGGCUGCCUUUCGGUUUUGCAUAAUCUCAUCAACGACGCAUUUCGUGAACGCCGCCCUGGAAAGGUCCUUUUGGUAAGGGCUUCCAAGUCCAAGGAACUUCUUACCAUCUCCAGAGAGGAUGUGGAUGCUUGGACCAGGUUAUCUAACCCGAACACAAAGCUAUUUAUUGACCGGUACGUGGGCCUCUCUGAAAAAAAUGGCCACCUUGAUGAUAAAGAGUUUGAUGCUCUCUGCUGGAAAAUGGCUUACGAUCGGGCUCAUAUUGUCGUGACCGACGAGACUGCUGUAACUGCUCGGCCUGAAUUGGAGCGAUUGAUCGUGAAGCGGUCGAAAAGAUUACUUAUUUCGCUGGGGCUUCCCACACUGUUUGCACAAUUUGCGGCAAUCCACUUUGUCAACACUCACAAUAUCAUGUACGGUUCGCCGCUGAAGCUUCUGCAGCAGGGAAGUAAUUGGCGGUCGCAAAGAAGCUUACGCCUGCCGCUUCAAAAGUUUUCCAACAGUAUCCCGGCGCCACCUAGUUACCAAACCUUCGGGUGCCUCGUGUCCUACCGGGAGGGUGAACCUGAUUCUGCUCUCCCCUACCCCAGACCAGGAUAUAUGGGGGUAUUUGUGGGGAUUUCGUCCGAGGGCUACGAGGUUGUGGACCUUGAAACACAUGUGCAUCACUUUGUUAAGGACGUCGAGUUUUACCCGAGGAUUACGCCAUUGAAGUACGAGUACCCUGGGUGGAAGGGCGCUCCCCCGGACCCUAACGGUGCCAAACCUCUGGUGUAUCUGGUACGGCCACCGCGUAUGGACUCCAUUGCGCAAAUUGACUGGUCGUCGUUUCCCCACGACCUCACUGUCAACUUUGGUGACUCCAUUGCUCGCAGCAGAGCGGUUCCAGUAGCUGUGUACUUCCGAGGAACUACUGAAUCCUUGCCCAUUUAUACAAACCGAACCGCCUUUGGAUUGUCUUUGCCCCGGCUGAAGGUCCCACUUGAAGAGAUCACAAGCACUCUCCCCGAGACCAUCUGGGAAACGUAA